AUCCACGUCAGUACAGUCCGAUUCCGUUGCUGCUAACCGUGUUGUGUGUGGUUAUGUGCCAGACUGUGCAGACGUUAAGUCAUUAGUAGAGAAUUCUGGAAACCAGAUUUUUUCGAUUUUUAAUCUCUGUAUGUAUCCGAAAGUCUGCCAAAUCCUCGUUGAAGCGCUGCAAACCGAACUCUAUCGCCAGAACGUUCUACGUUCAGCGCGAUCUCCUUCCACCAUAGUUUAUUUACCACAACGCGCGGACUAUUCCGCAGACCAUCGCCAAGAACCACAACACGAACCGGUCAAGCAGUCGCGAACAAACUUUCACUCAGUGAACAUUUACUUAGGGUGAUCAGGAUGUUGUGUUGUAGACGCAGUGACGUAAGUUUUACGUGAUUUUGUUAAUUUGUCGUUUGGUUUGGGUACGCUUUAUCAUUUACAAAAAUGCAAAAUGAAAAUAUCACCAUGCUGCUUAUCUUCGUCCUAAUUGCCGUAGCAACUAUGGUAUCAUGUGCCCCAGCAACCACUGAACGGCCAGCAAUUUCAGAUGAGGCACUAGAAAACACUUUAAAAGAUAAGAGAUACAUGUUGAGGCAGUUAAAAUGUGCUCUAGGUGAAGCACCUUGCGACCCUGUUGGGAGAAGACUGAAAAGUUUAGCGCCACUUGUUUUGCAAGGCUCGUGUGGGCAGUGCACUCCACAAGAGCAAAGGCAAAUCCGAAAAGUGUUGAGUUACAUGCAAGUCAACUUCCCCAAAGAAUGGAAUAAGAUACUGAAACAGUACUCGGGCUGAGAAACAACCACAAUACAUCUAAAAUGGGAGUACUUUAUGAUGUAAAUAAUUAGUCAUUUUUGCUUAUUGUGAUAGAAUGUAAUAAAUUAAGCUACUAAAAAA